CAAUCACUUGUGGAAUUCACUUUGGUAAUAGCUUCUUCAAUAGUUCUAUUUUUUGAUUAAUCUGACUACAAAAAAACUUUUUGAAGUGACUCUCUAAUCGAUCCAUCCACUUUGUUGAAUUGCUCACAGCCAGAACAGAGGAAGCCAUUGAUUUCUAUAAUAGAAAAGGUUAGCAUAACAUAGAGCAAAAUAAGCUCUAUUUCAUCGAUAUACCGAGAUGGAAAUUCCUAGUCAAGAAAUUCAUAUCAUGAUUGAUAACCCAAAAUCGAGGCGCAAAGAGAGAAAGACUAUCCUCGCAGAUGCGGAACCCAUUGUCCUGAUGUCUAUUUUGAGUAGUCUCCAUGCGGGAUAUUUCAGAAUAAGCCUUUCUCUAUGUAGCCAAGCAUUGUUGUGGAAGAUUAUGGUUCAUUUGCAUAGCGAACUCCCAUCUAUGGCGUAUUAUCUCCUGUGGUACCUAGCACUUGCAACACAAGUAUCACUCUGUUUUUUGUAUGCCUUAAAAUGUAUUUUCCUCUUUGACAUGGUGAAGGAAGAGUUCUUGCACUAUAUUGGAGUGAACUAUCUUUACGCUCCAUCCAUUUCAUGCCUUCUAUUGCUUCAAUCAGCUCCGAUGAUUGAACCACAUAGCAUUUUGUAUCAGACACUAUUCUGGAUCUUUGCUGUUCCAGUUUUGACCCUAGACACAAAGCUUUAUGGCCAAUGGUUCACAACAGAGAAACGGUUUUUGUCGAUAAUGGCAAACCCGGCAAGCCAAGUAUCAGUAAUAGCAAACCUAGUGGCUGCAAGGGGAGCAGCAGAGAUGGGUUGGAAAGAGUGUGCUCUAUGCUUGUUCUCACUUGGGAUGGUUCAUUAUUUGGUUAUCUUUGUCACACUUUAUCAACGCUUACCAGGCGGAAACAAUUUCCCAACCACGCUAAGACCGGUUUUCUUCUUGUUUUUCGCUGCACCAGCGACUGCAAGUCUAGCUUGGAACUCUAUUUGUGGAACCUUUGAUAUUAUAGCCAAGAUGUUAUUCUUCCUUUCACUCUUCAUCUUUAUGUCCCUAGUUUGUAGGCCAAAUCUUUUGAAGAAGUCGAUAAAAAGAUUCAAUGUCGCGUGGUGGGCUUACUCAUUCCCUAUCACAUUUCUCGCUUUAGACUCGGUUCAGUACGCACAAGAGCAGCAAACAGCAAAAGAUUACUCAGACGUGAUCAUGUCCUCUGUUUCGUCAAGCUUGGGUUUUCGAGCGACGAACAAAGAGUUAAACCAGAUGAUAAGAUCGGGAUAUAUCGCUGAAGCUAGAGAGAUUUUCGAGAAAUUGGAAGCGAGGAACACCGUGACAUGGAAUACGAUGAUAAGCGGGUAUGUGAAAAGGCGGGAAAUGACGCAAGCACGUAAACUGUUCGACGAAAUGCCUGAGAGAGAUGUUGUGACUUGGAACGCGAUGAUUUCGGGUUAUGUUUCAUGUGGUGGGAUUAGGUUUCUUGAAGAAGCAAGGAAGCUUUUUGAUGAAAUGCCUUCAAGAGAUUCUUUUUCUUGGAACACGAUGAUUAGUGGUUAUGCUAAGAAUCGGAGGAUAAGUGAAGCCUUGUUGUUAUUUGAGAAAAUGCCUGAGAGAAAUGCUGUGUCAUGGAGUGCUAUGAUCACUGGUUUUUGUCAUAACGGUGAAGUGAAUCGCGCGUUUGAGUUGUUUCGGAGAAUGCCUGUGAAGGAUUCGUCUUCUCUAUGUGCACUUGUGGCUGGUCUUAUUAAAAACGAGAGACUUGAAGAAGCUGCUUGGGUUUUGGGUCAGUAUGGGUGUUUAGAUUCAGGAAGGGAAGAUUUGGUUUAUGCUUAUAACACUUUGAUUGUAGGAUAUGGACAGAGAGGACAGGUAGAAGCAGCUCGAUGUCUGUUUGAUCAGAUUCCUGAUCUCUGUGAUGAUGUUGAUCAUGGGGGAGCGUUUAGAGAGAGGUUUCGUAGAAAUGUCGUGUCAUGGAAUUCUAUGAUCAAAGCUUAUCUGAAAGUGGGUGAUGUGGUGUCUGCGCGGUUGCUAUUUGAUCAGAUGAAAGACCGCGAUACAAUUUCUUGGAACACUAUGAUUGAUGGAUAUGUACAUGUUUCUAGGAUGGAAGAUGCUUUUGCUCUGUUUUCGGAAAUGCCAAACCGUGAUGCACACUCAUGGAACAUGAUGGUCUCGGGUUAUGCUAGUGUUGGCAAUCUAGAGCUUGCUCGACACUACUUUGAAAGAACACCUGAGAAAAAUAUAGUCUCGUGGAACUCGAUUAUAGCAGCUUAUGACAAAAACAAGGACUACAAAGAAGCUGUUGAUGUGUUUAUGCGGAUGAACAUUGAUGGAGAGAAGCCUGACCCGCAUACUUUAACUUCUCUUCUCAGUGUAUCUACCGGGCUUGUGAAUCUGCGUUUAGGAAUGCAGAUGCAUCAAAUCGUUGUCAAGACUGUGAUCCCUGAUGUUCCAGUCCACAAUGCCCUUAUCACUAUGUAUUCAAGAUGCGGUGAAAUAAUGGAGUCGAGGAGAAUCUUCGAUGAAAUGAAACUCAAAAGAGAAGUAAUCACAUGGAAUGCAAUGAUAGGAGGAUAUGCCUUUCAUGGUAAUGCCUCAGAGGCCUUGAAUCUGUUCUGGUCAAUGAAAAGCAACGGGAUACAUCCUUCUCACAUAACAUUCGUCUCAGUUCUGAACGCUUGUGCUCACGCGGGACUUGUUGAUGAGGCUAAAGCACAGUUUGUGUCCAUGAUGAGUGUGUACAAGAUUGAGCCGCAGAUGGAACAUUAUUCCUCACUGGUGAAUGUAAUCAGUGGACAAGGGCAGUUUGAGGAGGCCAUGUAUGUCAUAAAGAGUAUGCCUUUUGAGCCAGACAAGACGGUGUGGGGUGCACUAUUAGAUGCUUGUAGGAUUUAUAACAAUGUAGGGCUCGCACAUGUCGCAGCUGAAGCAAUGUCGAGACUCGAACCAGAGAGCUCAACACCUUAUGUACUGUUGUACAACAUGUACGCGGAUAUGGGACUAUGGGACGAAGCUUCUCAAGUGAGAAUGAACAUGGAGAGUAAAAGAAUCAAGAAGGAGAGAGGAUCAAGUUGGGUUGACUCUUCAACGUAAAAAGCAGCUUUGUUUUUGUUCAGAGGAUCAGAAUUAAGAUAGAAACUGAUA